CCUCAUUUCAUCUCUAUGUCUAUCUCUCUCCGUUCGGUGGUGACUCCAAUGGCAUUCUCUGCAAGUUUGCGCUGUCCUUCUUUGUGCGGUUUACCGAAGCCUUCAAUCUGUUUCCCUCGAACCUCAGCUUCCGUUUCCUUCCGAUCUUCACUUGUACUUUCCAAUCGCAGAAAAAACUUGGCAAUUCGGUCAGCGUCAGUUGAAGCACCACCAACAUCCGGCGGGAUUGCACCAGCUAUAGUGUUGACAGAUAAUGCACUGAAGCACUUGAAUAAGAUGAGGUCUGACCGGAAUGAAGAUUUAUGCUUAAGAAUCGGUGUUAAACAGGGUGGAUGCUCUGGCAUGUCUUACACGAUGGAAUUUGAGAAUAGAAAAAACACUAGACCAGAUGAUUCGGUCAUCGAGUACAAUGGUUUUGCAAUUGUUUCUGAUCCAAAGAGCCUUCUCUUUCUAUAUGGAAUGCAACUGGACUUCAGUGAUGCACUCAUAGGCGGAGGCUUCUCUUUCAAAAACCCAAAUGCUACGCAAACCUGUGGAUGUGGCAAAUCAUUUGCUGCUGAGAUGUAAAAUCUUGUACACUAUAGAAUGAACAUAGUAUCAAAAUAUUGUGAGACCAGUCUGAUUGCAUUAAUGGUUAUGGAUUGUUUGAUUGAGAAUUAUUUGGUAUCUCACGUGUUAUAUGACCAUUUAUCCCGAAAUCCUUGAAUGGCUCUUACUGAUAUUGUAUAAGAUGAUGCAGCAGCAGUAGUUACUUGUGACUGGGACAUGCCUCUGGAGUGUUUAGGAAUCUGAACUACUUGAUAUCAAUUAAUUUUAGAUGUUCUAUGGAGUUGUUUAUACUUGAAUAGAUCAUUGAUUUGAAACUUUGAAGCCUUUUAUUUUUUUUUUCUUUUACCUCUUUUGUAUCGAUACUGCAUAUAACUUGAUAACUUAUUUUUCUCUGA